CGCACAAAUCAAGCUAUCGAAAUUCGAUAGUUAUAUGUGGCUAAGCAAAAAGUCCACCUCUAAUGAUCCGAUUGUUACCGCGUUUUCGUCAACUAUCAAUAAUGACUGGAGGCACCCCACCAAAGCGCUCCCCAAUAUGGAUCGGCACCCACAACGGCACUUUCCACUGCGAUGAAGUGGUGGCGGUCUUCAUGCUAAAGCAAUUGGAAGAGUUCAAGAACGCAGAGAUUUUUCGGAGCCGGGACAUCAAGGCUUUGCAAGAAAAGUGCGACAUAAUCGUGGAUGUGGGUGGAGAGUAUGACAAUGCUAAGAAGUGGUACGAUCACCACCAGCUAACCUUCAAGGAAACAUUCAAAUCCAUUCGACCGGAAGUCAGCGAGGAUUUCAACGUUAUCAGGCUAAGCAGUGCCGGCUUGGUUUACAGCCAUUACGGCGAGCGGGUCAUCCAGAGCAUCUUGCAGCGCGAGAAGGGCAUUCAACUCUCGCCGGAGAACCUGCAAUUGGCAUUCGUCCAGAUCUACAGGAAUUUCAUCAGCGAACUGGACGCAAUCGACAACGGAGUACCCAUGUUCGAGGGCGGCGAGCCUGUCUACAAAAUCUCCAGCCAUCUCUCCGCCCGCAUUGGCAAGCUGAAUCCCUCUUGGCAGGAGAGUGGCGUGGACAUCGAGGAGCGAUUCAGGCAGGCAAUCGACAAAGCUGGCCGGGAGUUUGUGGACAACGUUGUGGAGGUGGCCUGUUCCUGGAUUGCGGCCAGGGACCACGUACGCGAGGCUCUGGAACACGCUAAGAGCGCCCAUCCCUCCGGCGAGAUUCUGGUCCUGAAGGUCUUCUGCCCUUGGAAGGCUCACUUGGCCGAUCUGGAGAAGGAGUACCAGGUGGAGGGUGUCCCCAAGCUGAUAGUCUUCAAUGACGGCAGCAGCUGGCGCGUGGCCGGAGUCCCAGUGAGCCCCGGCAGCUUUUUGGGCCGCAAGUUUCUACCCACACCCUGGAGAGGAUUGAGGGACGACGAUCUUAGCCAGAAGGCCGGCAUCAAAGAUCUCAUAUUCGUGCACCACACCGGGUUUAUUGGCGGCGCCAAAACCGAGGAGGCUGCCAUGUUGUUGGCCAAAAAGUCCAUCGAGUGGACGGAUGAGCAAUAAGAUUAAAAUAUUGUGUACUUAAAAAUGCUGUAUUUUUAUACGAUUUAUUUUUUGUUUAUAUUUUCGUUCGAAAUUUUCAACAAAUGGACCAAAAGCCCUUUGGCCUUUCAAAUAUUUAGUUGUUGAGUUGUUGUUGUGCAAUGAGUAGGCGAAACAACGUAAAGUAAGACCAGCAAGGGCUAGCGCAAUUUACUCGGUCACAAAAGAAUAAAUCUUAUUUUGUACCUAAACAAA